GGAUUCCCUGCUUCCCGGCUCAUCGCGAACACCGACCCCGCGUGUCUCCGGAUUCCCUGCUUCCCGGCUCAUCGCGAACACCGACCCCGCGUGUCUCCGGAUUCCCUGCUUCCCGGCUCAUCGCGAACACCGACCCCGCGUGUCUCCGGAUUCCCUGCUUCCCCGCUCAUCGCGAACACCGACCCCGCGUGUCUCCCGGCAUGAGGAACGCCAGCAAGGAGCUGCCUGGCGCCACCGGCCGCUACGCUCCCUGCGACUGGUAUUACCACCUCCCCGUGAAGCGGUCGGAGAAGGCUGUGGACGCCCCGCCCAUGUCCCAGAUCCCCGGCCUCAGCGAGCUCCGGGACACCCCCGGCGGGCACCUGCUGGGGACCCGGAGGUACUGGGUCAAAGACACGGACUCAGAGUACGUGAAGCUGGCCAAGCAAGGCGGCCGGCCCGAUCUGCUGAUGCACCUGGCACCCGGCUCCAGGAAGGGCUCGCCCGCCGCCUACUCCCUGCCCGACUGGUACGUCCACCACAGCCAGCCGCCCGCGGCCAGCCAGAGGCGGCCAUGUGGACGUGGGCAGGCCGUGUGGAAGCGGACAGGCCGUGUGGACGUGGGCAGGUUGUAUGGCCACACAGGUCGUAUGGAUAGGCAGGCCGUGUGGACGCAGACAGGCCAUGCGAACGCAGGCAGACCGUGUAGACAUGGUCAGGCCGUGUGGAAGCAGACAGGCCGUGUGGACACGGGCAGGUUGUAUGGACACACAGGUCGUAUGGACAGGCAGGCCGUGUGGACGCGGGCAGGCCGUGUGGGAGGCAGGUUUUCACUGCACGUCAGUCGGGUGAGGCUCCCCGCCAUUCACUCCAGGUCCUCCAGCAAAGCGGGGCCCCCACUGGGCCCCCGAGAUCCUGCAGGACGCAGGCUCUCCUUCCCCCCCAUGCCUGGUCACAAAACCAGUUCCCCCACCAACUUCUCCAAACUCAUCAGCAACGGCUACAGGGAUGAGUGGCUGCGGCAGCGAGCCGAGGCGGACAGCGCGGACAAGAGCACCCCGCAGCCGUCCCCAGCGCCUCCAGCGCCCCAGUCCCCGAAGGACCUUGAGGGGCAGGAUGCCGAGCAGCUCCCAGACCCGGAGGCU